AUGUCAGUUUUCUCUCUCUCUCUCACUCUCUCUCUCUCUCUCUCUCUCUCUCUCUCUCUCUCUCUCUCUCUCUCUCCUUCUGAGAGCGCUGUCCUGCCAUUCAUUUACACAAUGUCGUUGCUUUCUUUCUUUCAUUCAUCAGACUUCAGAUUGGGUAUUUUUCUUCCUUUCUUUCUUUCUUUCUUUCUUUCUUUCUUUCUUUCUUUCUUUCUUUCUUUCUUUAUUUAUUUCCUUCUUUCUUUCUUUCAUUCUUUCUUUCUUUCUUUCUUUCUUUCUUUCUUUCAUUUCUCACUUUCGGCUAUGAAUUAUUCUGUUCUAUUUUUCUCUCUUUUCUUUCAUGUUUCUAAUUUUCUAGUUUUCAUUCUUUCUCUCGUUUUUAAGGCACGAUUUUAUUCUAUUUUUCUUUCUCUUUUUCUUUCCUUCUUUUCUUUUUUCAUUAAUUUGGUCAUAGGGUUAUUUUUUUCUUUUCCUUUUUCAACAUUUUCAGUUAAGUUUCAUGAUUUCUUUCGCUUUAUCUCUUCUUUCUUUCUUUCUUACUUUCUUUCUUUCUUUCUUUCUCUCUUUCUUACUUUCUUUCUUUCUUUCUUUCUUUCUUUCUUCUUCUAA